AGAACUUUGAGAGUUUUAUCAAACAUGAUGCAUUCUCCAUAGAUUAUAUGCUAAGUGUUUGAUAAAUCUUUACAAAGUUCAUCUCAUUAUUCAUAAAUUUACAACAGGACCUAUUAAAAUCAGUAGUCAAAAUGUCUGGAGGAGAUGCAGAGAAGGGAAGAAGAGUCGCCACCAUUGGUGUUGCAACCUUGCUAAUGGUGGCUAUGGUUGUGGCCGUCACAGUUGGCAUCAACAGCAAUCAUCAUAAGAGCGAAGCAAACAAUGAUAUAGAAGACAACAUCAAGGACAAUAGCCGCGUCGCGGCCACGGUAAACGCAGUCCAAACCCUUUGCCAUCCCACUGAUUACAAGAAGGAAUGUGAGGAAACCUUGAUAGCUGAGGCUGACAACAGUCACAACACCACAGACCCAAAAGAACUAAUCAAAAUUGCCUUCAACAUUACAAUUAAGAAACUUGGUGACAAACUCAAGGAAACUGAUCUGUUGCAUGAGGUUGAGAAGGAGCCAAGAGCCAAGAUGGCACUUGACUCGUGCAAACAACUCAUGGAUCUUUCAAUUGAGGAGUUAACAAGGUCAAUUGAUGGAAUAGGUGAGUUUCAUCUCAAGAAUCUUGACAAAAUCCUCAUGAAUGUUAAGGUUUGGCUCAGUGGUGCAGUCACAUACCAAGAUACAUGCUUGGAUGGGUUUGAGAACACCACUAGUGAAGCUGGUACAAAGAUGAAGGAAUUUUUAACAACAAGCAUGCACAUGAGCAGCAAUGCCCUGGCUAUUGUCUCUAAGCUUGCUGACGCCGUAUCAGAAUGGAACAUUACAAAAUUAACCGGGCGUCGCCUUCUUCAGGAUUCUGAGACUCCCUCAUGGGUUGAAAUUGAUCAUCGUAGACUCCUUGAUGCAAAGAAAAAUACAUUAAAACACAAGCCUAAUGUGACUGUAGCCAUAGAUGGAAGUGGAGAUUUCAAGAGCAUCAAUGAGGCAUUGGAGAAGGUUCCUAAGCAUAACAAAAAACCAUUUGUGAUUUACAUCAAGGAGGGGAUUUACCAUGAGUAUGUUGAAGUUAACAAGCAUAUGACCCAUGUUGUGUUUGUUGGUGAUGGUGGCAAGAAGACACGAAUCACUGGCAACAAAAACUUCAUAGAUGGAAUCAACACUUACAGAACCGCAACUGUUGCUAUCCAAGGAGAUCAUUUUGCUGCCAUCAAUAUGGGUUUUGAGAACUCUGCAGGCCCCCAUAAGCAUCAAGCAGUAGCUCUAAGGGUUCAAGCUGACAAGUCCAUAUUCUAUAAUUGUUCAAUGGAUGGGUAUCAAGAUACACUCUAUGCACACACCAUGCGCCAAUUCUAUAGGGAUUGUACUAUUUCAGGUACUAUAGACUUUGUCUUUGGUAAUGGGCUAGUCGUUUUUCAGAAAUGCACUUUCGUGGUCCGAAAGCCUAUGGCAAACCAGCAAUGCAUUGUAACUGCACAAGGUAGGAAAGAGAGGCAGGGACCAUCUGGAAUAGUAAUUCAAGGGGGCUCCAUUGUAUCUGACCCUGAGUUCUACCCGGUGAGGUUUGAUAACAAGGCCUACCUCGCCCGUCCGUGGAAGAAUUACUCGAGGACCGUCUUCAUGGACACCUACAUUGAUGAUUUGAUUCAUCCUGAUGGAUAUUUGCCAUGGCAAGGAUUAAAUGGACCUUCUGGCAUGGACACUUGCUUCUAUGCUGAGUACCAUAACACCGGCCCCGGUUCUGACAAAUCAAAGCGCGUAAAUUGGGCUGGGAUUUGGAACCUAAACUCAAAGGCUGCACAUUGGUUCUCACCAUCCAAAUUCUUCCAUGGAGAUGAUUGGAUUGAGGUUACUGGAAUUCCUUAUUUUUCUAGCAUUCCAGGACACUACAAACACAAGAAGACAUCACUUAAUUGGUGAUGGUGAUGACGGAUGCUCGAGAGAGACUAAUAGUUAGUUAAUUCUCCCACUAUUCAUUUCCUUUUUUCUUCUUGAUUUUAUUAAUUUGUUCUUGAGUCUUCAUAUUCUUGAAGGGAUGUAAAGACUCGCAAUUGAUCAAUGUUUUUGUGACUUCAAUUUUUUGUUUUGUU